ACUCUUAUCGACUUUGAAGGAUUCAAGCAUUAACAAUUACUCUUUUUUUAUGAUCAUUCUUAUCCACUUUAGUCUUUGAAGAAUCCAAGCAUACAUAGUUACAACUUUUUGUUACCUUUUUUAGUAGGGAAUCAAGGAUUUGUAAAGUGGAGAGGAGGAGGCAGAGUGCAGCUUGAUCAGUAGGGGCUGACUGUGUAGUGUUUAAGUGCUUAAAUUGGGUAUCUGUAUUUUGUAAUGGAGAGCCAAUUGAAGGAGGUGAGGAAUGGACCUGGUGUGCUGGACUUGGAUCCCAAGUCCACAGUGGGAGGUGGUGUCCAAGAUAUCUAUGGAGAAGAUACUGCCACUCAAAACCAGAUCAUCACUCCUUGGAGUGUCACAGUUGCCAGUGGAUGUUCAUUACUGCGAGAUCCCACCUAUAACAAAGGAUUGGCGUUUACUGAGAAAGAGAGAGAGACUCACUACCUGCGGGGUCUUUUACCACCAGUUUUUGCGUCACAAGAUCUUCAAGCAAAGAAGAUCAUGAAUAAUAUUCGUCAAUAUCAAGCUCCUUUACAGAAAUACAUGGCAAUGAUGGACCUUGAGGAAAGGAAUGAAAGAUUGUUUUACAAACUCUUAGUAGACCAUGUGGAAGAGUUACUUCCCAUAGUUUAUACUCCAACUGUUGGUGAAGCCUGUCAAAAAUAUGGAUCAAUCUUUAGACGCCCACAGGGUCUUUAUAUCAGCUUGAAAGAGAAAGGCAAGAUUCUAGAAGUCUUGAAGAACUGGUAUGAGAAGAAUAUUGAGGUUAUUGUUGUUACUGAUGGUGAACGCAUUUUGGGACUUGGGGAUCUUGGUUGCCAGGGUAUGGGCAUACCUGUUGGGAAAUUAGCUUUGUACACUGCACUUGGUGGUGUUCAUCCUUCAGCGUGUCUUCCAGUUACAAUUGACGUGGGAACCAACAAUGAGGAGCUGUUAAAUGAUGAAUUUUACAUUGGACUGCGGCAAAAGCGUAUUACUGGCCAGGAAUAUUAUGACCUCCUUGAUGAGUUCAUGUCUGCUGUCAAGCAAAACUAUGGAGAGAAAGUCCUGGUCCAGUUUGAAGACUUUGCUAAUCACAACGCCUUCGAAUUGCUAGCAAAGUAUAGGACAACUCAUCUGGCUUUUAAUGAUGAUAUCCAGGGUACAGCUGCAGUGGUGCUUGCAGGGUUGGUUGCGUCGUUAAAGGUGACUGGUGGAACAUUGGCUGAUCAUACCUUUCUUUUCCUUGGAGCUGGAGAGGCAGGAACAGGUAUUGCAGAACUGAUAGCACUUGAAAUGACAAAACAGAGUAAAAAGACACUGGAGGAGGCUCGUGAGAAGAUAUGGUUGGUGGACUCAAGGGGACUCGUAGUGAAGUCAAGAAUGGAAUCCCUACAACAAUUCAAGAAGCCAUGGGCACAUGAGCAUGAACCGCACAAAGAACUCUUGGAUGCUGUGAAGGCAAUCAAGCCAACUGUAUUGAUUGGUACAUCAGGGGUUGGAAAAACAUUCACAAAAGAAGUAAUUGAGGCUGUUUCCUCUUUUAAUGAGAAACCUAUUAUUUUGGCUCUCUCUAAUCCAACUAGCCAGUCUGAGUGUACUGCAGAGGAGGCUUACACUUGGACUCAGGGGCGUGCAAUCUUUGCAAGUGGAAGUCCAUUUGAUCCCGUAACUCUGAAUGGGAAGACUUUUACUCCUGGACAGUCCAACAAUGCAUACAUUUUCCCUGGCUUUGGCUUAGGAGUGGUCAUGUCAGGUUCGAUCCGCGUACAUGAUCAGAUGAUGCUGGCAGCUGCUGAGGCUUUAGCUAAUCAAGUCACUGAAGAGCAUCUUGGAAAAGGGCUUAUCUACCCACCAUUCCGAAGUAUCAGAAAGAUUUCGGCUCAUAUUGCAGCAGCAGUUGCAACAAAGGCAUAUGAACUUGGAUUAGCUACGCGCCUCCCACGUCCUGCAAAUUUGAUAGCAUUUGCUGAAAGUUGCAUGUACAGUCCAGUUUACAGGUCUUACAGAUGAAGACAGAAUCGGUUUUAUUGUGUGAAUACAAGUGCUUUCUCUAUAAACAUUAAUGGAGUCUGCCUAGCUCUGAAUUUAAUAAGGGCCCUUUGGAUCACGGCAGAUCUAAAUAAUCCAGUGUUUCUGUCUAGAGACUAAAUUGUAUGUAUAAUAGAUUAUGCAUGUGCUUUUCAGAAAUUUCAAUUUUUUAUAGUUAUCAUCGAAAUAUUCUUUA